AUGGCGAGUGAACUUAAUCAAAAUCAAUUACAAUUGGCAGGUGAUCUUGAGAUAGAAAUGAUGACUGAUUUAUAUAAAAAGAUGACGAAUUCUUGUCAUAAAAAAUGUGUAAUACCAAGAUAUAAAGAUGCUGAAUUAACAAAAGCUGAAAGUGUUUGUAUUGAUCGUUGUGUGGCAAAAUAUAUGGAUGUACAUGAUCGCAUUGGAAAACAAUUGGCAUCAAUGACAGUUCAACAGCAAUCUGGAGUAGAUGUUGAUCCUUCAAAAAUUGUUGGCUCUUACUAA